GGUCUUAACCGAGACUGGUGUAAGCCCGAAAGAACCAAAGAACCAUGACUUGAAAGUAACGUCAAAUGAUAGCACGCUCUCGAUACCGGGACAUCUUUACAACGAAAAUAAUUACUUGAUGUUCGUGUUCGGGAUCACGAGACUAUUUGUUGAUCUUAAUUAA